AAAAAAUACUUGUGCAUAGCUCAAAAGACAAGUACACGAUGAAAUUAUAAUUAAGAUCAAUAACUAAUCUUGCUUGAACAAAGGCAAAACGAUUGAGCCAACCUAAUGACAUUAAAUGAUUGCUUGUUCCGUUCUCUUAGCUUUUUCCAUAUUUUGUAUGUAGCUUUUGUUUCAAGCAACAUUAACCGAAUUCCUCACAUUGGCUGCCAAAAUCAAUUGAUCAUUUUGGUCCAAAUAAAAGCCUGAAAUCCAAGCUAAACCCCCCACCUUCAUUAGAAACCACCUUAAUAAGUAAAUCUCCACCAAUUGGUGGCACAUCCAAGAUGGGGUCCAAACACAUCACAGACACAAAAAAAUUGUAUGGCCAAGAACAUAGUCGCAGAGGCUGAACCAAAAACAUGUUUCUUAAUUAAAAUUCCAAGCCCUUUUAUCUUAAUCUCUUGCCACUUUGAUCAUGCUAUAUAUAAUAAGCGACUAAGCCCCCAUGUUACUGCGAAUCACAAGCCAACUAUUCCCCACUCAAUGCUUGGUUGUCUCACCAUCAAUCCUUAGAUUCACUGCAAAUUUGUUUUGUCUUAUCUCACCAAAGGGCUCAUAGACUAGACAGGAAUCUUUGGCAUCCAGACAGCACAGAUAGAUCUACAAACCUGUUCAUUUGACUGAUACAGUCAUCACACAGACCCACAAACACAGACAAAAUUAUAUAUAUAUAUAUAUAUAUAGAUAGAUAGAUAGAUAUAUUAUAUAAAAGUGGGAACAAAGAAUCCACUGUAUAGGCAUGCAGAUUCUUCAAUGGCUCUUUAGAAGGGCACAUGAACAAGAAAGAAAGAGUAGCAACAACUUCAAUCUCCCUCCCAAAAGGGAAGAUAUCAGUGAACAAAAUGAAGGGAAAGAGAUAAAUCUGCUAAAGCGUGAUAGAUCAUACAAAGGAACAAGAAGAAACAAAUGGAGCAGUCCUGGUUGCAAGAACUUUAAGAUAUUCGCUUUUCUAUAUAGAAAAGACAUUCCAAAAGCUUUCUUUUACAGCACCCUCAACUUGAAGAGAUUAGGGAGCUUUAAUAGAAAACAGUUUUUGUACUUCAUGAAGAUGAAGAGAGAAGAAUCAUCGUCCAGAGAUGUUGGAAAUGUUAACAAGGCAGAUUCAGGUGGCCAACAUGUUGGAAACAAGGUUUUGCCCAUAACUGAGGCACCAUUGUCAUCCUCAGCUGAAAGAAGUGACCAAUGUGAUGCCACAGAAACUAAAGGUCAAACCAAAGGGGACAAGAAAAAGCCAAUGUCGAGAAUGAAAGAGCUACUUAGAUGGGCUGCUUCUGCCAAGACAGAGAAAGGAGGGAAAUUCAAUGGGAGAAAGGUCUUAAUGUUCAGAAGGCGUGGAACCCUGAAAGCAGUUCCAGAUGAUGACCAUGGUUGCACUGACUCACCCAAGAUCAGUUUCAGAUGGGAUGUGGAAAGUUGCUCCACCACUUCCUCUGUCUACUCCGCUAUCUCAAUAGCUUCCUCAUCAAAAAAUGAACAAAACCAAAUUGCAACUUCCACUAUAUCCAUCCCUCCUGAACACACUGGCCAUAACAACAACACUAGUAGAAAAAAAGGAAACUGGAUCACAACAGACUCUGAAUUUGUGGUGCUGGAACUAUAAAAACAAUGAGGCUAGAGUGGAUAUUCCAUGUGUGGUAAAGUGUUAGUUGGCAAUCUACAUCACAAAUUAAUGCUUUAAAAAUGUGUCAUGUUCAUGGAUGAUUUGUGCCAGAUAUUUCUAGAGAUUUUAUGUAACUUAACUAAAGAUAGAGAGAUGAAGAGUCAAGGGAAAGAGAUGUUAUAUCAGUAAUAAAUUAUCUGAAUGUGCUAGAUGGUGAUGAUCAAACGGAUCAAAUGCCAUGUGCAUGACAUGAGAAUGUUUGGCAUCUACAUUAUUAGGGUAUAAAUUAAUUACUUUGUUGACUGACCUAUUUAAUGUAUAUGGUUUUCCCAGUCAGUGGGACCACUUAUUCCUGUAAAUCUCUAAUAAUCUGCAUUGGUGAUUAUCGGAAAUGAAAGUUUAAUUAAUGUCAUGUA